GUAAACCAAACUUACCAAAACCCGACGAAAAACCUGGUGAUAAAGGUAAACCAAAAUUACCCAACGAAGAUCCUAAACCCACCAUACCCGGAUUACCCGGAUUGAAACCUAAAGUAUCUACACCCACCGUCCCCGAACAUGGAGUACAUCCACCAGCAAAUGUGCCAGAACCUGAUUGCACAACAGUAGUUAUACGACCAACAUUAGUAGUACCGACAUUAGUAGUGCCAAAACCUGAUUGCACAACAGUAGUUGUAGGACCAACACCUUGA